AUGUCGACUGCUACCAAAAGCCCAGAACAAUCCUGCGAAAAGGUCUUCGACAGGUUACGCAAACUUGCCGAGGAACUAAAAAAACACGAUCAUCCCGAAAUUCACUUCAACAUUCUGCAUAGUGCUCAGUACGUCGACCACCGUAAAGUUGACGUACAGUUCAAGGCACAGGCCCGUCUCGUGCAAGCCGAUGUAGCCCAAGAAGUCACCAGCACACUUGACAGUUGCAAUGAACAUCUGAAAGAUUGCCACAUCUUGUGCAUGCGCAUGGGAACAUCGCAGUGGACAGCAGAUUCAAACGCUCGAUUAACCAUGUCAUGGAACUUCUUCUUCACCUAUCUUAGCAAAGUGGCCAUUUUGCUGCAACUCGAGCUGCUGGAUGCGCAAGUCUUCUUGGGACUUCAUCGACAACCACCAGCAGAAGUAACUCCAUCCCCAGUUUCUCCACCUCAAUCGUCGACCCCAAACUUAUCCUUCGCCCGACGUGAGUCCAUUCUGAGCAAUGGUGGAUCAGAAAACUUCACGAUAGAAGAGCGAAUGGAAAGAAGUCAACGAGCAGAGCGACAAAGACAAGCAAAGACACAACAGAACCCGCUGCUUGUUACUAGGACGGGAAACAAGCUGAGAAAGUCAACUAGCCGUGCACCGUCGAUCAUCUUGGGCUUCUCAGACAGCGGUAGCACCAUCAGCAGUGACAGUGGUAGAUCAUCACUCACAGUCCCUUCCAGUCUACCACAGGUGCCAGAAGAAAAGACGCCGGCGGUCUCAAUACCGAGCAUCCCUAGAACGCCUCCUCCAGAAUACUCUAGGGAUGACUGGGAUGCCAAGACGUUAAUCUCAAUGAAGGACGACAAACCCUCUAUACCAAUAACACCCAAGGCUACUCCGUCUAUUCGAUCAGUUGCUUCUGAGCCACAACUCAGCGACGCUAGCUUUGGAAUUUGGAUACCUUCCUCCAGCUCAAUACGGACAUCUCCCAUUCAAUCCACCAGUGCUACCUGGUUGGCAAAUGCCUAUGCCGAUACCUCCUCCAACUCCUGUGCAUCGCCCAAUGGUUCCUGUCCCACAACUGCCUCCACCACGGGCGGCAGCUUAUAA